AUUGGCGGGGGCGGGGCCGGGGCCAGCGCGAGCGCGGUGCUGGGCGAGCGGCGGCCGUGCGCGGAGCCGCUGCUGUCGUCCCCGACGUCCCGGUCCGCCGCCGCCGCUGCUCCCCCGCCCGCCAUGAGGAAGCGCAACGAGUCGGUCACGGUGGAGCAUGAGCGCGCCGCCGCGCCCGCGCCUCUCGACAAGGGCUGCAGCCUGAGGCACAGCCUGCGCCUGCCCGCCGCCGACACGGGCAUGAAGCGACCGCUCGGCAGGCGGCAUGGGUUCUGGUUCCGAUUGCGGAGGCUGAUCAUCUGGCUGCUGGGAGUGUACAUAGCCAUUCCAUUCCUAGUAAAACUUUGCCCUGCUAUUCAGGCGAAGCUGGUCUUCCUAAACUUUGUGAGGGUCCCAUAUUUCAUUGACUUGAAAAGACCACAAGAUCAGGGUUUAAACCACACCUGUAAUUAUUACCUUCAGCCAGAGGAGGAUGUGACCAUUGGAGUCUGGCAUACGGUCCCUGCAGCCUUAUGGAAGAAUGCCAGAGGGAAGGACCAGCUGUGGUUUGAAGAUGCUUUGGGUUCCAGCCAUCCUGUGAUCCUUUACUUGCACGGCAAUGCGGGAACAAGAGGAGGGGAUCACCGUGUGGAGCUUUACAAGGUCCUCAGCUCCCUUGGGUACCACGUGGUCACAUUUGAUUAUCGAGGCUGGGGUGAUUCAGUAGGCAGCCCGUCGGAGAGGGGAAUGACCUACGAUGCCCUUCAUGUCUUUGACUGGAUAAAAGCAAGAAGUGGAGACAACCCUGUCUAUAUAUGGGGGCACUCCUUGGGCACAGGGGUCGCAACAAACCUAGUGAGGCGCCUUUGUGAGAGAGAAACGCCCCCUGAAGCCCUGAUCCUGGAAUCUCCAUUCACCAACAUACGGGAGGAGGCACGAAGUCAUCCCUUUUCUGUGAUAUACAGAUACUUCCCAGGGUUUGACUGGUUCUUCCUUGACCCCAUCACGACAAGUGGAAUUAAAUUUGCAAAUGAUGAGAAUGUGAAGUACAUUUCCUGCUCCCUGCUCAUCCUUCAUGCUGAGGAUGACCCGGUGGUACCGUUUCAUCUGGGAAAGAAGCUUUACAACAUUGCUGCGACGUCGCGGAGUUUCCGAGACUACAAGGUGCAGUUUGUCCCGUUCCACACAGACCUCGGCUACCGGCACAAGUACAUCUACAGGAGCCCAGAGCUGCCUCGAAUACUGCGGGAAUUCCUGGGAAUACCUGAACAAGAGCAUCAUCACUGAAGAAUGGCUGCUUGGCAGCGCAGAGGUUUCCUUUCUUUUCUUCCUCUCUCCUCAUUUUCCUCCCCUCUCCCUGUGGGCCAGUCUGCCAUCCUUCCAUCCCUGGCAAUAGAGGAGAUCAGGAGUUCCCACUCUGGUCCUGAUGCGUACCCUUGGCAGCUCCAGCUCCUGACAUCAGCGCCUGUGAUGGUAGGAGGAGGAUGGGCUUGGCUUCUUCUUUUGACGUGGACGGAGGGGCGACGACGACCCAGGAGCUGGUACCAAACAGUGAACAAGUAAGCACAACAGAGCCUGGCCAGUCCAGAGUGGUACUGCUGAGGACAGACAGACCUUGGAUGUGUGUCAUGACCAAGGGUGUUUCUUUCACUUUCAAACACUGCUGCUGGUUUUCGGAUCAUGUAGAGACUUUUUCUGUUGGCAAAUGGCUUUUGCAGUGUCUCCAUACCACAGCUGUCUUGCUUGAGUUUGAGGUGUUUUCUUUCUAGGAAAUACAUGUUUUGCCUUCCCUUCUUGCUAAGUAGCUGUAAUUACAAAUCCACUAAAGAUCCAGGUGGUGAGAGGUAUUUUUGUUCAGCUCUUGAGUCACAGUGUGUUGCAAGUGUUGGGCUAAUUGCACACAUUUUGGAAAUAAAGUGAAAGCUUUUUUUUUUUCCUCUUUUUAAACAUCUCUUUAAUGGAAAUGAUGAAUGCCCUUUUAUCUUCUCUGUAUGCUUUUUUUUUUUCCCUGAACCUUUCUGCUCCCAUCUCUAUUAUCCUCAGUGGAGCUCCUCCCCUUUUUCACAUGCACUUUUUAAUAGGAUUGAAGUGGUUGCUGUAGAUAAAUUACAAGCUUUGGGCAUUAAACUGGAAAGCAUGAGGUUAUUUUGCCUGACUUUCCUCUUCCAGGAGCAUGGGCCCAGGGUGUGGGAGUGGAUGUGUUCCGUGUUCCUCGUACAUACCUGGACAGCUGUGUGCUUUCUUGGGGGGGAAGGGCUUUUUUAUUUUCUCUUAUUUACUUUUUAAUUCCUUAGAUCAAGUUUUGCAGGAUCUGUGGCUAUGCUGUUCCCCUGUAGUUAAGAGCAGGCAGUGAUACAUAGCUCUCCAUGCAAAAACAAGGCUGGGUUCCUUCCCAUCUCUCCCUCCACCUCCCUUCUACAUCCUGGGCACCACACGCCAUUCCAGCAGCUGCUUUCUCAGCUCACCUCAGUGCUGUGGGUGGAAAGAGAAGUGGAAAUGAGCCCUCUUCCAUGGAGGUACAUCCUGGGGAUGUCCUAUCACUGCUUCGGGCUACAGCAGGCCUCUUUUAUGCUGCUGUUGAGCUCUGCAGGGAGAGGAGAGAGGGUCUUCUGCAGUCUUGGCAGUGUCCUGCUGGCUCCCUGUCAGGCUACAGCCAAUUCCAGGUGCUGUAGGUUAGACACUAGUGCUCAGAAGCAGAUGGUGCUGCCAGAAAGGGUCCAUUCAGGGGUGUACAGCAUAGUAGAAACUGCUCGGCAUGCAUCCAGGUUAGACCUGCAGGCUCAUACUACUUGCACAGCAGACAGUAGCUUGUUCUUGUACUGAGAUUCUUCUGCACUAACGUGGUUAUUCCUGAAGUUUCUGACCCAUGAUACUCAUAAGCUAACUGUGCCACUUAAAUUAUGUUUAAUGCACUUGUAUUUAUUGCACUGACAAGAAGAGAAACACUUACUUGGCUCUGUAGAGAGGCACCUGUACAUUCCAGCUAAUGCUGCUGCUGGCAGUGGGCUUGGGCUGCCUCCUGCCCUGGGGCAGCACAGGAACUGUGGAUGUUGGUGAUCCCAGCACCUCCAUUCUUUUUCAGAGGCCAGUGAUAAGCUUGGAAAUUAGAACUGAAAUGUUUAUCUCAAAGUGGUGUAGUUUUAAUAAAGGCAUUGAUUGCUGAUCGUUUCAGCAGCCUGUUUCA